AUGUCACCAGGAUGCAGAUAUGAUUUGGACUAUGUAAUAAAGGAUUUAGCAAAUUGUAAUAGCUAUAACUAUAACCAUAUUGAAAACAUGUGUAAAAUAGAAAAAAAGUAUGAUAACUUAGCUAUUAUCAGACUCCACAAAAUACCUCAACAGUGGGUUAUUCGUAUAAAAGAAGAUUUGCAAGAAUUACAUUCUAGAGAAAGACCUAAGCAUAUUAGCUAUCGAAGACCUAAAAUUCAUAAAAGUCAGAUAGCUAUAUGCUUCAAAUGUUGGAGAUUAGUAAAGAUUAAUGAAGUAAAACCAAAAAGAGUAUAUUGGGAAGAAUGGCAUCGAUGGGAUUAUGAGAUUAAAUCCAAGGAUUUGAUGCAAUAUCAUUGGGAUAAUGAAUGCUUCAAAGCUAAUAUCCAAGAUAAAAGUAUACAGAUAAUUCAAAAUAUUAUACCAAUCGAGUCUAUAAAAAUCAAGAGCUUUACAUCUAGUUUGAUUAAUGAGCCACAUUUAUUAACCCCUUUACCAUUACCGCCAAAGCCUUUUGAAUACAUAUAA